CUUUAGGGAUGAGAAUGAGUGUGCUGUAUUCUACAUGCCAGUUUCAUUCUUACAUCGACACCCACUGAAACAAAUUAUUUUAACCACACACUAGAAUCUGUCACGCAACAUAUUUUAAAAGAGGUUCCUGAAGAAAGAGACGCUUUAGUAUAGUAGCUUCUUGUAAAUUUGUCACAUUAUCCAAAAGGAAAAGCUGAAUUUCAUCUGUCUGCACAAGCUGAAAAUGAAUGAUUGCUUAUUGAGAAUUUGGACUGCAGAUUCCUAUUGUCUCUGUAAAUUUAAAUUCUACACAAUCUGAUCAGAACAAACAAACAAACUAACAAAAAAAAAAAAAAAAAGACUUUAGCCUGCUGUUGCACACUUUAUAUUGGGGCGUCCAGAAUUUCAUCACUGUUUGAGGAAGCGGCAUUGGCCAAGUUCAAAGAAGCCACUUGACUUAUCUCGUGCAUGCAGCAGUGUAAAAGCGAAGCAUAAACAUCAGACAUGUCGGCAGACAACAGCUGAGUGUUGUCAUAAAGAUUUGUAGCAGAGAGACUUCAGCCUAGCAGUAAGAUUCAAAUUUCAGAGUACUGUUGAGACAUACUCCAAGGCAAAAAGAUCCAAAAUGGAUUGUGAGAUGGAAGUGGUGAAAGAAUGGGUGAAUACAAUUCAGUUAAUCAUUUACAUUCCAACAUUCAUCGUUGGUUUAUUCCUGAACGGCAUUGCCUUGUUUAUUUUCAUUUUCAAAAUGCGGACAGAAUCCACAAUCUACAUGACUAACUUGGCAAUAAUGGACAUUUUUCUGCUGAUCCCACUUCCUUUCAGAAUGUAUGCUGCCAAAAAUGAAUGGAUACUGAGCAAGUCAGCUUGCUCAGCAUUUGAGGCUUUAUAUUUUGUGGGUGUUUACGGGAGCAUACUCACCAUCACAUUCAUCAGCAUUGACAGGUAUAUUUCCAUAAAGCAUCCUUUCAAAGCAAAAAUCUUAAGAUCACCCAGGAAUGUCUAUAUUGCGUGCUUUGGAAUCUGGAUUAUGGUUCUGGUGGGUGUCCUGCCUGUGUUUACCUUUCACAAGAAUACAAAUACUACUGAAAAAUUCAGAUGUUUUCACAAUUUCUCUGAUGAUUCUUGGCAGCCAAAAGUUGUCAUUCCAUUGGUAGUCUUUGGGUUCCUCAUUCCAGUAUCCAUUCUGCUAUUCUGCUCAAUCCAGAUUAUCAAUGCCCUGAAGAAACUGCAAAGUAAUGACAAGACUAGUUUAAGAAUUGUUUAUGCAAACCUAUUUGUUUUUCUUAUUUCUUUCACUCCAAGUCAUUUGGGGAUUUUUUUGCAGUUCUUGGUUCGAAACAAAAUCCUUAUUGACUGUUCCACAAAAAUGGGUAUCAGUUUUUAUGUCCAGAUUUCAAUGUGUUUAUCUAACAUUACCUGCUGCCUAGAUGCAAUUUGCUAUUAUUUUGUGGCAAGUGAGUUUCGUUCAAGAGGCAUUCCCAGGAGGUUAAGUUCAAGAAAUCCUACAACUUCCGUGACUGAGAUCUAACAUAAUAACAAAACCUUCUUAUUUGACAGAAACCAUUGAGAAGUCAAACAAAUGACAGAGAGACACUUGUUUUAAAACAUGGGCUGGCUGAUUGAUGCUGUUCAAUGGAAUGUUCAGACAACAGAAAUUUAAACAACAUAAAAUGUUAAUGUGACAACAAAAAGAUUGGAGUUGUGGCACAAAGUGACUUACAGGCAAGAUGGUGAACUACAGUUACACAGCUUCAUGCUACUUAAGCAGGACAUGUACUGCUAUAAACAAUCUUGGUCAAUUCUGUGGGACUAAUGGUUUAUUUAGUACUUUCAAUGACUUCUCAUACAAAGAACACUAUUUACUUUAUAAAUAUUAUAAAGACCAAAGAGGUUGCCUUUUUAAUUUUAUCCAAUAAAGGACUUAAAGGGAAAAGGUACAUAUGGCAUUAGUCUCUCAAGGAGGGAAGAUGUCUAUUGAAGGUACACCACAGGUUCAUUUAAAAAUGUCCAGUUUUUCUUCACCCUCCUAUAUCCUGACCAUGAAUCUCCUGAGUUAAUAUUCAUCCUCCAUAAAAUACUUCAAUAGUUUCUUUAUUCAGUAUCUGCUUCACUGUGCCUUGUCAAUUUACAUGCUGGAUGGCUCUCAGUUUUUGAAGAGAAACCUUUUAUACAUUUUAUCUUAUUAACACAAUUCAAGGAAUUUAAAAACUGCUGCCCAGUCCAAGACUGCAUCCUACCUAACCCCCAAUUCUCCUAGGAUGGGCAAUGGCUCCCUAAGACAAUCCAAUGAAUAAGGGAAGCUCACACGAACAUAAAUACAUUGCUUAGACCAUUGUUCAUCUUGUCACAAAGUUUAGAUUCAUUUUCUCAACUUUUUCACUCAAGUACAUGAAAAUUGUUUUUUUACUUGCAUUUAGAGUGUUAGCAUCACUCCUACAGCAAAAAAU